AUGCUUUUAAAGCGAUAUUCAUUAUUGAAUACUAUUAUCUAUCGAUGUUUAUCAUCAGAAAGACCAACUCUUUAUGAAUCAUUAAAAGUCCAUCAAACUGCACCUGAUGUUUUUACACAACCUGCAGAAAGUUUAUUCGUAUAUCCUUAUCGUACAAGUGUAUUUGGUGGUCAAAUUAUUGGUUCAGCUAUGUAUGCUGCUCACCUAACAUUAACAAAAGAUUAUCCAUUGCAUAGUCUUCAUUCAUAUUUUCUUGCAGCAGCUGAUAAUUCUUCACCAAUUAUAUAUACAAUUAAACGAUUACGUGAUGGUAAAUCAUUUGAAACACGAAGUGUUACAGCUCGACAAGAUAAUAAAAUAAUUUUUGAAUGUGCAAUUAGCUUUCACAAAAAAGAACAAGGAAACAUGGCACAUCAACCAAUCAUGCCGAAAGAUGAUGUUGUUCCACCUGAACAACUUCAAUCAACAAGACAUCGUUUUAAAAAUCUUCUAAAUGACGAACGUCUUAAACCUGAACUUCGAUCUUUUGUUGAACUCGGACUCGACAUGCCUGCACGUAUUGAUAUUCGACAUUGUCAUCCACGUGAUUUACUUCGACCUACACCUAAAUGGCCAGCACGACAACUUAUUUGGAUAAAAACAAUAGAUCCAUUACCGAAUGAUUCAUAUUUACAUCGAUCUGCUGUAGCUUAUUGUAGUGAUCGAGUCUUACUAACUAGUGCUCUUCUUCCGUAUGCUCUCAAUGUAUUUAGUCCACGUAUCCACAUGCAAGCAUCACUUGAUCAUACAAUGUGGUUUCAUGAUGAUUUUAGUUUUGAUACGACUUCUCAAAUUGAUUCAUCAACAGAAGAUGAUCCUCCAAAACCAAUUCGUCGUCAUGCUGAUAUACCAUCGAUUCCAUCGAAAUUACCAGUACGUGCUGAUGAUUGGUUACUCUAUGAAUUAGAAUGUCCGAUUGCAAUGAAUAAUCGUGCUUUAACUUUCGGAAAAAUAUGGACACGAGAUGGACGACUUGUUGUAACAUGCACUCAAGAAGGUGUUAUUCGCUGUUAUUAA